GCUGGCGCGCUGCUGGCGGUCCCCGCGGUCCCUGCGGCCCCACGCGCUGCCUGCAAGAUGUCGGUGCGCCGUGGCCAAAGGCUGGCGGGGCCGGGGACCCGCCUCUCCUGGCUGCUGUGCUGCAGCGCCCUGCUGUCCCCGGCCGCGGGCUACGUGAUCGUGAGCUCGGUGUCCUGGGCCGUCACCAACGAGGUGGAUGAGGAGCUGGACAGCGCCUCCACCGAGGAGGCAAUGCCCGCGCUGCUGGAGGACUCGGGCAGCAUCUGGCAGCGGAGCUUCCCGGCCUCGGCGCACAAGGAGGACGCUCACCUGCCGCCCCCCGCGGGCACCGCCCGCGCCCGGCCGUCCCCCGCGCCGCCGGGGAUGUUCUCCUACCGGCGCGAGAGCGGCCCGAGGCUGCGCCCGAGCACCGCCCGCUUCCUGGCCCACGCCAGCGCCUGGGGCUGUCUGGCCACGGUGUCGGCGCACGAGAAGAUCCCAGGCCUGCCAUUUGGGAACUGCGUGCCCAUCAGCGAUGGCCCCUUGAACAAUAGCACUGGGAUUCCUUACUUCUAUGUGACACCCAAGGACCCCGUGGUGGCCAAUCUGAUGAAGAACCCCGUGGCCUCGCUCCUGCUGCCGGAAUCAGAAGGAGAGUUCUGCAGAAAAAACAUCGUCGACCCAGAAGACCCCCGCUGUGCCCGAUUAACACUCACCGGCCAGGUGAUGGCAGUGUCUCCUGAAGAAGUGGAAUUUGCCAAACAAGCCAUGUUUUCAAGGCACCCGGUGAUGAGGAAGUGGCCUCGUCAGUAUGAGUGGUUCUUUAUGAAGAUGAGGAUAGAACACAUCUGGCUUCAGAAAUGGUAUGGAGGACUUGCGGGCAUUUCGAGGGAGGAAUAUUUCAAAGCAGUUCCAAGAAAGGCCUGAUCUAGUGAGAAGAGAGUCCUCGGUGUUUGCAGAAAAUGAAAACCUUUAAGUAAUGCUGCCGGACAGCAACUGGCUGUUAUCUCCUUGUGGAAGGUUCCGGCAGCCCUGUCAUCCUCACAGCAGAGCGGGAGAGGGUGGCCAGGGGAAUGGGGUCGUUUGCAAAUCCCCAGUUCACACAGGUACUUCAUGUGUAUCGUCUUUAUUCACGUUGUAGUCAGUCCGACCCACCUAUUUGGAAUCACUGUUGGUUGUCAAAGUGUUAUGUUGAAACAAUUUCUGUUCCAUUCCUUAAGACAAGAAAAAAAAAUGCCUGUAUGUACAAUGUCAUUGCUUUGUAUUGUGAGAGUAUUUUUGUUGCUUGCUGUAUCCAAAACAGUGUCUUGGUCCUAAACUCACUGCAACCACAGAGGAACCACACACGCCUCCCGCAGCCACAGUCUCGUGUUUAGGGUGACGGGGCAGGACUGUUUGCUGCGGAUUGCUCAUCGCACUACUGGAUUGCAAAUUAUGAUGUCACAUUUGCUAGACUGUAUUGGUCACUUAUGAAGCUUGUUUCUCUCUGAUAUGAUGAACCGUGUGAGGAUGCACAGAGUUUCAUGCACAGGCCUGUUCUAUGUAAGCAGGACAUGGAGUUGCAUUCGUGGGGAAGGGCAGGUUUGGCAGGCAGCUCCGACCAUCCCCACAGCUACGGCUUCUGACAGAGGGUUCCCUUUUCUUACGCAUGAGGAAUGGAGUCCAAAAUAAGAAGCACCUCAUUCUGUACUGUAUAGAGAGGAGAGGGAGAUGGUGAACCAGGGAAGGAAGCAAAAGCAAUAUGUAAGAGAAGAAAGGAAGGAAGGAAGGAACAGCAGUCAGGCUCCCUGCCCAGCUUUGGGCCAGGCCCUUGACAGGCUCAUCUCAUGUAGCCUUACAACCAAUUUCGCAUAGUAUCAUUGCCACUUACAGACAAGAAAACUGAGGCUCGGAGAGGCUAAGUCAGCGUCCCAUGGUCUGACCCAGACCUCCCUGCACACAAUGAACAGAGUGGUACCUAGAAGAUUUCCAGUUUGAACACAACAAAAGAGUGACUGAAGUGCACAGGUAGUCAAUGAACCAGGAAAAUCAGUAAAGGGAUGACUGAUCUGCCUGGAGAUGAUUUAACACGACUUUCUUAAGAAAAGAAAAAAAGAGUCUCUGAAAGGUGAUUCUCACUACAGAUUUAAAAAUUUCUACAAAUUAUGUGCCGGAGCUCCUGGUGUUGGCAAGAAACUACGUUGUAUCUCUGUGUACACAUCCA